CUCAAAAACAUUUUCCUCUCUCUCUCUGUGCUUUGUGUAUUUUUACUUUAUAGUUUUUGAAAAAAAAAAACAAAAAAACAAAAAAUGGGAAAAACACCAGAGGAAGAACACCCAGUGAAGGCUUUCGGAUGGGCAGCCAGAGAUGCAUCUGGGGUCCUCUCUCCCUUCAAAUUCUCUCGAAGGGAAAAUGAAGAAUAUGAUGUGACAUUGAAAGUACUGUAUUGUGGAAUUUGUCACUCCGACCUUCACUUCCUCAAGGAUGAAUGGGGCAUGUCUAUAUAUCCUCUUGUCCCCGGCCAUGAGAUUGUAGGCAUAGUGACAAAGGUUGGCAGCAAGGUGCAAAAGGUCAAAGUAGGCGAAAAAGCCGGUGUGGGAUGCUUAAUUGGAUCAUGCCAUUCGUGUGAUGAUUGUGCCAACGACCGCGAAAGCUACUGUACUAAACAAAUUCUUACCUAUAGCACCACUUACUAUGAUGGAACCACCAACUAUGGGGGCUAUUCAGACAUCAUGGUUUGUAACGAGCACUUUGUGAUUCGCUUUCCUGACAACCUUCCUCUUGAUGCUGGUGCUCCUCUCCUGUGUGCUGGGAUCACAGUCUAUAGCCCAUUGAAGUACUUUGGACUAGACAAACCUGGUAUGCAUGUGGGUGUGGUUGGACUAGGUGGUCUUGGUCACAUGGCUGUCAAAUUUGCAAAGGCUUUUGGGGUUAAAGUUACAGUUAUUAGUACCUCUCCUAGCAAGGAGAAGGAAGCCAUUGAACAUCUUGGAGCUGACUCAUUCUUGGUCAGCCGCGAUGUUGACCAGAUGGAGGCUGCAAUUGGCACAAUCGAUGGUAUCAUUGAUACAGUCUCUGCAGUUCAUCCUCUCCUACCAUUACUUAACCUCUUAAAAUCACACGGAAAGCUCGUUAUGGUUGGCGCACCAGAAAAGCCACUUGAGCUACCAGUCUUCCCUUUGAUUAUGGGAAGGAAGUUGGUAGCUGGGAGUGCCACUGGAGGUUUGAAGGAAACUCAAGAAAUGAUUGAUUUUGCAGCAAAGCACAACAUUACAUCGGACAUAGAAGUUAUUCCAAUGGACUAUGUGAAUACUGCCCUAGAACGUCUAGUGAAAGGCGAUGUUAGAUACCGAUUUGUGAUUGACAUCGGUAACACAUUACAUGCUACCUAAAAAGAGGCCCUUCUGGCUAAUAAUAAUUAAACUUUCGUUCCUUUGAAGAUGUGUCAAAGCCAACUGUUUUGCAAGUUAAAUUGUGUAUCUUCUGAGAGAGUCUUCAUUCAGAAGUUGAUGUGUUAAAAGAUGUUGUUCAAUGGGUGAAUAAUGUGUGUUAUGAGUAAUGAAUUCAAUGAAAAGCUGUCAUGUAUAAUUGUGGAAAGCUCUAAUUUUUAGCACCGA